CGGUUUUCAAGGUGUGUCCUGGAUAUGCGGAUUAAAAAAUGGAUGUAAAUUUAAAGUGGGUCUCCCGCGACAACGAAAUUACACCCAUCAAGCUAAGUACACUUCAUUUUCAAUGUAUGAGGUGUUGACUAUAUGCAUAAAAUUCAAAUAGGCUACUAUCAAAAAAUAUUGAUACAGGGCUACUGAAGUGUUAAGACAAUGCUAGUUGACUGAAGUCAUUCGCAGACUAGUAAGUGGGAUUUUAAAGAUGAUUAAAGGGGAGGUAAAGGGGUUAAGGAAAUGCCGAGUCAGCUUGAGAAAGUGGUGGCCCAGAAAAAAGAGGCCAUUGAAGCAGUGAUGGAGAUGUUUGAGAGAGGGGCAGAGGUGCUAGCCAGCACUGUGGGGGAGCUCUUUCCUCUCUGCGAGGCCGCCGCCCCCGUCCUCCGCCUUGCCCUGGACAACGUGCAGAGUAAAGAAGUGUUUUAUGUAAAGGAGCAGUUCUUGGUCGUGCGAAACCAGCUGGACGUCCUCUCUUCUCAACUGGAGGACAUCGACUGUGAGAUUAAGAAGGGCCGGCUGGACACCCAGUACUUUUCAGUUGAGGAAAACCUACGCAACCAGUUCCGCAAAUAUGUUGACAUCCUGGAGGCAAAACCCCAGUUCCGCGAGGUCAAGAGGAGGUUGUUCUUGGAGCACUUCAGCAAAACAGGAGGGGAGAAGAACCUCUGUGUCCUCCAUGAUGCACUCAUGGGCACCAACACGUUUGGCGAAUCCAUCCUGGAGGUGGUAGAGAGGUACGAGGCUCGCAACAGGAGGGUCCUGGAGGACUUUUGUGUGCGGAUGAAGGAGCUCUUCUGCCUGGGAUUGAUUGCCUUGUUCGGCUACUGUGCCCUCAGCCAAGGGGAGGAAGAAGAGCAGGAAAAGAUUCAGGAGUGGAGCGGCAAAAUCCAGGAGGUUGAGACCAAAAUGAAAGCUGCCAUCGAGGCGUGCGUGACAGCGUUCCCUGAGCAGGCGUGCCUGGAUGCCCAGAGGCUGGUCAAGGAGAAGGAGAGCAAGAACCUCCAGGACGUAGCCGAGGAGCUGCGGGACUUCCUGGUCCGGAAGUAUGACUGGGUCAGCUGGUCUGUCCGCGUGAUCAACCACUCCGGGAGCAGCUACCGCAACUGGAGGGCCGGGGAGACCUUCCAUCUGGUGAGUGGGCAGGGCUGGUUUGACGUGCUGCAGGUGAACGACACCAACCUGGUGGUCUCCUACAGCUGCUGUCCCCAGCCGGUGCCCAAGGAGAGCAUCCAGGAGCUGAUGGCAGGGCCGGCGAAGAGGGCGGAUGCCAAGGCAGUGGUGGAGGCCCUACAGAAGCAGCUGGCCGGGUUUGUGGUCCACGCCAUCAGUCGCCACAAGGAGAGCUGUGCUGCUUGGAACUUUCCGGAAGACUGCCAUUACUGGGAGAGGCACAAAAAUGUGUCUCUUUGUAUUCACUCAGAGUAAGGCAGCUGUUGACAGAACUUUGCUUCGACUUGUUAACUUGUAGUCCAGAUUAGUGGUUUAAAUGGUCAUUUUUUCGCAAGCCAACAUUGUGAGUAUGGCUUUAUAUGUGUGCAAAUGUAUGGACUAACAAUAACAGUAUUUCAUGUUGGCCUUAAUUUAUUUCCUAACUAAAAAAGCAUUCAAGUAUUCAGUUGCAGACUUGCUAAAAGACAUUUCUUAUAGUUAUUAUAUAUAGAAAAUAAAAUAUAGCAUAGUAAAGACAACACCUCAUAAAUAUGUAAUGUGUACAUCUUUAAUCUGAACAUGAUGGUCAUAUGCACAUCUCUCCUCUUCAAAUAGUGAGAUCAGCCAUUUUAAAACAAGUGCACUUUACCUCGUAUAAUGGCAGCAACAGCCUUCUUUCCACAUGCUAACCCUGUAGAGCGCUUCUUGAGUGAUUUGAAAUUCUGCGUCGUGACAGUGAGUUCAACAGCAGGAGGAAGAGAGCUCUAACUCCAGAGAGACCAUUCUCACGGAAAUGGGCCUAUCAAAAGUGCCCUUCUGUUCUGGCCCCGUACGACUCCAGCUUGCCCUACUUACCACCGCCACGGUGAAAGGGGGCCUGGAAGCGGAUCUGUGGACCGUGAAAACAAUCAUUGCUGGCUCCAUAAGCCCAGAUGACUGUGUCUGCACUCAGUAGGCUACACUUCACUCAGUAUCUCAAACGACCAAAGACUGACAUCCAUUUCAUCUGUGUGUAACAAAUAUUAUCCUCAGCAUAGAGAAACAUUUUGUAUAUGAAAACUUUAAUUAAUGUAAUCCUAUUUUACACAUUAAAACUGUCUUUUGAGGCUCAAAUGCCUUUAAUUAAAUGCCCUGCAUGUAAUCAAAGCCUAACAGUCAUUUACUUUUUUCAAUUAAACAAGUCACAUUAGCUUUUAUAGCAUUUCCUUUAACACUUCAACUGAGCGUCCUAUUGCGCUGUUCACUCUGCUGAACCCUACAUCCUCCACUCACCCUCCUCCUGUAAUUGAAUAUCUGGUGCCUAUUUUGCGCAGCAUGUUUUGUGUAAACAGAAUUUGCAAACAACUGUUGACAUAUAUUGCUAUUAAAUCUCUUUGGUGGCCACAAACACCACUCAGAGCGGCUUGUAAUUUAAUCACUGGCUUUUGCACAUAAGUCAGCAUAUUCAAACCAGAGCCUCAGUACACCAUACUGUAAUAGAUUGCGAGUAACCUUUUGCACUGCUAAUAUAAAAAAGACAAGCUCCGAAGUGCUGUGCUCAGCAUUGUACAAUAACUCGUUAGGCAUGUUAGAGGUGGGGAGUGGAGGGGGUCCAUCCAUCAUAACUUAGCCUGGAGAAAGAGAGAGAAAGAGAGAGAGAGAGAGAGAGAGAGAGAGAGAGACCGGGGCUUCUGCACCACACGGUUGUAAAUCAAUGGUGUCAAAAUCUAUGCUGCAGGGUCUGUAAUAGGAGGCGUUAAAUGUUGUCGGAGUGGCCAUACUGCUCCCUGUCUUGUCAGUCAUUUAAAUUGAAAGGAGUAUGUGCAGUAAACCCUUGGAAAUGGGGGGAAUAAUAACAUUUAAAUGCAUGUAGUGACAAUCAUGUGGUAAAACUCUUGCAGUGUCUUCCAAUCCUCAUUUGAAAUGUCCAGAGAUCAAGAAGCUGUUGAGAAUGUCUUGUGAAUAUUUGUAGUGAAACUAAACACAAUGACCACUAUGAUGACCUGAAUAUUUAACAAUAGACUACAACUACCAUGAAGAUCAUUUUCAACACAUGUGUGCUAUUUCAUAUCCACUGCAUGCAAACACCACUGUCACUGUUGCAUCAUCUGGUCGGACUUGCUAUAGAAAUGCCAGCUUCAUUAUAUUUAUAUUAUAUAUUAUGUUAUGUAUGUGAAUCUUUACACAUGUCUCAGAUUUCUAAGCAUGUGUAUGUUAACCAGAAACAACACUUUGUGCGAG